CGGUCGCAUAAAUCAGUGUAAUAUUAGGGCCAAUACUUCUAUCUUUAUUCACAGCCGGUAACAUUUUAAGAUCCAUGAGGAGAACCCGCGGGGGAGCGGACCUUCGGCAAUGGGCGGAGCUCGUCCUACCGUGGCUUCCGCCGCCGGACCUAGCGGCCGCCGCCUCCACCUGUAAGGCCCUCAGCCGCGUAGGUAAAUCCGUCUCCUCCCGACGCGCGUCCGAUGCCACCCGCGGCCUAGAGCGCCACUCCAUCCCUUUCCUCGACCCCACGGGCGAUGGUCAACCCUACUCGUAUUUCCUUUACACCCGAUUCCCCGUCCUCGCCUUGUCCUCACCGGCUCCCUCCGCCCAGCCGUGGGGCGGAGACCCCGAUAAAAAUCGAAUCUUGGAUGCUUCUUCUCUGGCGGUCUUCGAGUCCCCGAUCACGGGAAGCGGCGCCGGUUGCGGCUGCAACGUGUGCGCUCCUCUGGCAGUCGGGGAUUACGGUCGCUGCCCGUGUUCGAGCCCCAAGAUGGGAUCUUUCUCAAGUUCCAAUGCCGGAAACGGAACAGAUCUGAUGACAGAGUGCGGGACAAACUGUUCUUGUGGAGUUGAGUGCGUGAAUCGAUUGACUCAGAGAGGGGUUUCGGUUAAAUUGAGGAUCAUUAAAGAUAGGAAUAAGGGAUGGGGAUUGCACGCUGCUCAGUUCAUCCAUAGAGGGCAAUUUGUUUGUGAAUAUGCCGGUGAGUUCUUGACGACAGAAGAAGCAAGGAGGAGGCAGCGAACUUACGAUGAGCUUGCAUGUGGUGGUAGGCUUCAUCCUGCCCUUCUGGUUGUAAGAGAGCAUCUUCCAUCAGGCAAAGCAUGCUUGAGAGUCAACAUCGAUGCUACUAAGGUGGGAAACAUAGCUCGAUUCGUCAAUCACUCGUGCGAUGGUGGCAAUCUCUCGACAGUCCUGGUCAGGAACUCUGGGUCAUUGCUUCCGCGACUCUGUUUCUUUGCUGCCAAGGAUGUGGUUGAUGGUGAAGAACUCACCUUCAGCUACGGAGUUGCUGAUCUUACAAAGCAGGGUCUACCUUGCUUCUGUGGAAGCUCCUGCUGUGUCGGCAGGCUGCCGUCAGAAGAAACAUGAACUCCGGUGGAUGAUUACGUUUCUCAUGGUUCUGCUGACUGUUGACUGUAGCCAAAUUUAGAUUUGGUUCACAAUCUCUUUCCUCAUUGUUUGGGUUGAUUCCAUGAACCGAGAUUAUUUUUUUAUGA